ACCCUUCCGCCCCCCACAGCCCAGCAAACCCCCCUUGGAUCAGCCCAUUAUCGUCUAUAGCAAUGUCCAUCUCCCCAGAACCCCGGUCCAACAAGCGCGUGCUCAUCGCCAUCGCUGACUAUGACCGAGAGCUGAGUCUCCUCGAGGAUGCUCUCUCGAAUCUGCUCAAGGCCGAAGACGAAGUCCAUGUGCUCAACGUCUUUGACAUCAAGCUUGGCCCACAAGACGACGAUGAGGAAUUCCAGUAUCCAGGUAACCACUUGCUCCAGCCCAGGGUCAGCUCCGCUUGGUCUCAUCCCUCUGGUGUGUCUGUGCCCAAGAGAAAUAAAGCUGAGACGGCACCAGCCAGAGUUUCCGAACAGCAGCGCAGUCUCCCGGAACAAAACUCUCUUCGUCCCCCACUCGCACGGUGGAGGUGGGAGGGGGCUCGCUGCUUCAGGGGAACCUGAUGUGUGGGGUGGAGCGCUGGAGAAACUCUCCCCUUUGGCGACAUUCUCCCCUUUGGCAACAUUCUCCCCUUUGACGACAUUCUCACCCGUUUGUGUCCCGCGAAUCAUCCAUCGCCCAUCUUCUGCUCGUCAAUUCCACCCAUUCAACAGCCUUCCUGGACAUCAAGGGCCCCCAACUCGACGAUCUGAAUGGAUGUGUCUCCAGAAUCACCGUCGACCACCACAUGCCGCUCCAAAUCGUCACCAAGCUCUUUAUCGGCGACGCACACGAAUGCAUCCGAUCGUACUCACAAACCAUCGCUCCGGAUCUGAUUGUCGUUGGCAGCCACGGCCGCCUCUCGAGUCUCUCCAGGAGCCUCCCGUGCUGUAUCACUCACAAGUCUGAGUGCCCCGUCCUGAUUCGAACUCCCGUCCCUGGACCACACAGCAGCCUGAUUAUGAUCUGAGGCUCUCUCGUUCAUAAACGUGCGCACCGAGAAACAGUCCUGGCUGGAAUUGUAUUGCUUUGGAAGGGGAGGGGGUGAUCUCCAUGGACAUCCGUUGUUGGAUGGGAGGACAGCCCACCGGGAAAGCGGUCCAUCUGCUCUCUUGCCGUAGAACUGCACUCCACCCACGUAUCGAACCCGGCGGUCUAUCGAGGCCGACACAAGUGAUGAAAAUGGUAACGCCAAACAGAGGCAGUGACUCGCCCACCUCCAACCUUGACGUUGAAGUAGUGGCGGGCAACUCUUCUGAAAUUGGCUGGUUGACUGCAGUUGAUCUGCCGGUUGGUUGCUCGAGUCCCACUCCCCCCGGCUCCAAUCCAAGACCUUCCCUCUGUGUCCAAAUGUCUCCCGGUCGGGCUUGGUCAGAUCGAUGCUUGGUGUAUACUUGG